AUGACUGGUAGUAGUCUUUUGUCUUGUAGGCUGGCCCCAACAGCAUUUGAACAUCUGAAUAUCACCAUCGUUGCACCGGACUUCCUCCUCUCCUCUUCUGGCACCCUUCAAAAGAUCAACUGGAAGACCUGUCAACAAACCUCCCUACUUAGCGGCAUUCCGGCCCCUCGUCGCCUGCCUCUGUCAACCUCGUGGCACCAUGCUCGCCGAUCCUGGAAUGCAUCGCUUACCUUGAUUGUGUCUCAGAUUCCUUUUCGCAAACGCGCGAUGGAGCUCCGUCGCCGCUCCAAGCGCAGUGGUCCACCCCUCACCCACGCUGCCCUACUACUCUUCGACCUCGUCAACGCCAUUCCAUACUCUCCGUCCUCCAUCUUCCUCUCUCCAUCACACAAUGACUCACUUGCCUACCUGCUGCAGCCCAGCAGCUCCACCGAGGGCAAGACCGAGUUCCUGUCGCUGAACAUCUCCACGAACCUCGAUUCCCAGAACCCCACCUACCACACUUUACUGCCGCAGACUCCAUUCCAGAGUACGGAGCGAAACUCGACAUUCGUCCCCGUCAUUGACGAUCGCGGCAUCAUCUCCGUCUACGCUGGAGACUGUCACGAUGGGUCAGAGACAAACUGGCUUUGGCGCUUCCAGCCAGACAAUACUAGCUCAAUCGGCAAUGGCUCUUGGACGCAAUUCACGGUGAACGCGGGGGAGGGAAAUACAAGACUGAAUUAUCUGGCGGCCGGUUUCUCAUUCGUACCCAACAACACGACUGGAACGCUCCUCUAUUCGUUUGGAGGAAUGUGCCCCUUUGCCAACAGCACGGAUGACACUUGGGUUUCCGCCGCCAACUAUUCGCAAUCCAUGGUGGUCAUGGAUCCCGAUUCGAGCCACAGCACCGAAUUCAAUGCUGCGAUUACUGGAGACCGCGCACCGCCUGUCCCUGAGGCAGGAAUGGUUGUCGUUCCACUUCCAGAGACGUAUUCGCGGACCCAAACCCAACAAGAUUUCCUGUUUAUCGGCGGCCAUACACGAGAGGCCUUUCUCAAUAUGUCCCAGCUUGCGAUCUUCUCGGUGCCACAAGAAAGCUGGGCCUUUGUCACCGUCAACUCGGAUUACAAGCCUAGGACGGAGCUGGCUGUGCGGGAUGCUGUUACAGUGGAGCCCCGGUCUGGUCAUGCUGCUGUUCUGUCGCAGGAUGGGACGAAGGUCUACGUUGUCGGAGGCUGGGUAGGAGACACUUCAACGCCUGCUGAUCCUCAAUUCGCAGUUCUCCAUAUUGGAGCAGAGUAUGGCGGGACCGGGGAAUGGGCCUGGACUGUACCAUCCUCCGAGGGAGUGGGCAUAACCGAAGGGACAGGAAUUUUUGGUCACUCAGUCGCCAUGCUCCCUGGAGGGGUGUUGAUGAUUGCCGGAGGAUACAGUAUUCCCAAGCAAUCCUCGUCGAAGCGAGCAACUUCCUUGGCAGAGCGCAACUCUCAGGUCUAUCUCUACAACACAACCUCAAGCAGCUGGGUGACUUCAUACUCCAACCCGUCCGCCAGCUCUACGUCUACAGCGGCAUCUCACCACCGUUCCCUUUCUUCCGGUCAAAAGGCAGGACUUGGAGUUGGACUGAGUCUCGGGAUACUGCUUGUCAUUACCAUUGCCUUUUGCGUAUGGGGAUAUCACCGGAAGCGCACCGUACGAAGCAAGCGAGAUUCACAACUCCGUGAAUUGGCCCUCGGCGCUGAACGUGCUCACUUUUGGGCUCGAGAUGAGCCCCAUCAGGCAAGCAGUAUACGAAGCUCGCAGAUGAGCGAGAAACAAGACCCCGUUCCUGCUUACCCGUGGUCUGCGAACCGCAGUGUCAUUUCACGGCCUGCGUCCUGGAAAGAUGCCGGUGAUGGAGCUGCAGAAAGGGCAGGUCUGCUGGCAGACUCCAGUCCUACUAAAGGGACGCGCCAAAUGAGCCAGCAACGAUCGUAUCGUCCAUCGAGCUACGCCGAUUACCGCCGCAGCGAUACCACAAGUGAGAUUCACCCGAUCGAUGAGCGCGAAGAAGACGAGGCGAUGUUCCGGGAACGCCUUAUGGCAACUAUCCCGAAGGAAACAAAACCUGAAGUCCGGGAGCCAGAAGAUCCAUUCUCAGAUACUCCAUUUGCGACACCUAGAACCACCAUCUUUGGUGUCGGCCUAGGGCCGUUCUACAGCCGUCGGAAGGACAACGGCUCUGUAUCGGACGGACGUGCCUCUCCUGCUGGAAACAGUGACCGGACAUCCACCAACCUCUCCGACUCGUCAGCCUUCUCCUUCUGCUCCGCCACAACCAGACCUUCCGGCCAGGUCUCCCAGGCUCGAGCUGUUCUUGUUGAAAGGCCAUUGAGCUGGGGUAGCAACGGUGUCGAGCACCUCGCAACCGGAUCAGCACAUAGUGACGGCGAUGGCAUGAAAGCGCCUUCGGUGAAGUCGAUCUCAACAGACUCCUACUCAACCGCUCAAACCACGUUCUCCCACCGCCAGGCCGAAAAUGAAUCUCUCCUCCACGACGCAAAUGAAACCAUCACCCCUAUCACUCCGACUGAUACCUCACCCUCCAAACUCUCCGGGUCCAAACCUAGAACAUCUGAUUGGAUGCUCAACACUGUCCGCCGCGCUCUAACUCUCACCCGUCGCGGCGGAACAUCCACCCAGCGCGACGACGACGUCGAUGAAACAGCCUACCUCGCUUCAGGCAUCGACCGACGAAGCACCAUCCUAGUGCCCGGCCCGACGCCCAUCAGCAACGGCGCUACCACGCCCCGUCGUGCAGUCAGCGCCUCUGCAGAGCUCUUCCGCCGCAAACAAGGCGCAAAGGACUGGAACGCGAAGAAACGUCUAUCAGAAGGACCCCUUAUCAUGCCGCGCGGGACACGCGAUGACCUCUUCAUCGGGGCACCAGGUUACCUUGGCGACGAUGAGACGUGCGAUGAGUACGAGGAUGACUGGGAUGUCGAGGGCGCAGCGGAGGGUCGCAGUGUGCAGAUGACGUACACCGUGCCCCGUGAGAAGUUGCGGGUUGUCAAUGCUUCAGCUCGAGAUAUGGAUAAUAUCUCUGAGCGGUCUACUAGCGGUGGUGUUCGGCGUAUCAGUGACACGUUAAGUCAUCGACGAGUGAGCCGUUAA